AAGUAAUAUCCAAACUUAGAAUAGAUGUUAUUUGGAUAUCAAACCAAUAACUCACAACAAAAUGUGUUCUUUUGCGAAGCGCAAGAUAUUACUCGCCAUUUUGGCCGUAGCCUUUACUUGCAGCUCAGCGCUACGUAUGCGCGGUGAACCGUACGAGGGAUUACGUUAUCGCAACACACGACCCAACUUAAACAAUCGUGAUGCUAGUGCAAGCGGACGCAUUAUUGGCGGUCAGGAGGCAGUCGAAGCAUCUGCACCCUGGCAGGUGACUUUACAAAACAUUUACGGCAAUCACUUUUGCGGUGGCGCGAUAAUACACGAUCGCUUUGUGGUGACGGCGGCAAGUUGUGUCAGUGGACUGCAAAAGAGCUGGGUCAAAGUGGUGACCAGCACCAAUGAUUGGAUGGGUUUGGCCUGGCAGUACGAUGUAUCGGAGAUCAUUGUACACUGUAAUUUCGACAAACCGUUAUAUCACAAUGAUAUCGCGCUCUUAAAGCUGAGCACAUUGAUCGCUUAUGAUGACAAGACCAAGAACAUCACCAUCGCCGAUGAGGACGAAUUGGUGGCGGGUGAAACACUCACAAUGACCGGUUGGGGCAGCGCAACGGAAGGCGGUGCUUAUCCGAAUGCCCUGAAGCAGUUAAAAGUGAAGUACUUGCCUUAUGCGCAGUGUCGCAGUGCAUAUAGCAAUUCGGAAGAUGUGGAUAUGGGUCACUUGUGUACCACUUCACGCAAUGGUGAGGGCGCUUGUCAUGGCGAUACCGGCGGACCGUUGGUCAAUGAGCAAGGUCAACUGGUUGGUAUCGGCAAUUGGGGUGUACCAUGUGGACGCGGUUUUCCCGAUGUGUUUGCCAAAUUGUCAUUUUAUGCCGAUUGGAUACGCUCAACUAUAAAUGGCUGUAGGCAAACUUAAAGUAGAAGUGGUUCAUAAAUAUAAAAAGUGAUACUCUAGAAUCUACAACUGUUGGUGGAUUUGAAUAAAACCUGAACUAAUUGCUUUGUAGUUUCAUUUCAUGGGUUGUAAAUAUAUAUAUUGUUAUGUAUGUAUACUGCUUUUUAAA